ACAUUGUGCAUUAAUACUUGUACAUUGGAAUCCCCAUCACUAGUGAUACCACCCCCACUACAUUUCUAUCACUAUCACUAGAAUAUUGGGUGCUGACAUGGCAUGAUUUGAUUGGGUGCUCCCAUCACUAGAACCCAUCACUAGUGAACCACCCCGUGUGGCCUUAGGGCAGGUUAAAACCCUAUAUAUAGUUUGCAUGGGAAAACCCACCCUAGCUAGCAAACUUACCUGGACAAUUUAGCAAGUGUUCUUGAGAAGAUGAUGGAGGUAAAGCUGCUUCUGCCUUUCAUGGUGGUGUUGUAUUUGUUUAUGGCGCCAAAUUGGUGGUGUUAUGCUGGCAGAAGUAGGUUUCCUAAAAAUAAACAUGUAGUUAAAUCUAUCAAGAGUCCCGAUGGUGAUAUAAUAGACUGCGUUCAUAUCUCUCAUCAACCAGCUUUUGAUCACCCACUUCUUAAAAACCAUACCAUUAAGAUGAGGCCAAGUUAUCAUCCAAACUGGAUAAAGGAUGACAACAUAACAUCAACCAAAGGGAAAGCAAUUACUCAGUUAUGGCAUUCAAAUGGAAAAUGCCCAAAAGGGACAAUCCCCAUUUUAAGAACAAAUGAAGAGGAUGUAUCAAAGUAUGUGAAGAAGAAGAAGAAAAGUCUUCCUUUUGCUUAUUCCAUUGAUCCUGAAUUCACCAGCGUGAACGAAAACCAUGAGUAUGCAAUUGUAAGGACUCAAGGGAACUUUUUUGGAACAAAAGCAACAUUUAAUCUUUGGAACCCAAAGGUUCAAGAAAAUGAUGAAUUUAGUUUGACUCAACUAUGGGUAACAGCAGGUCCUGAUUCAGAUGUGAAUACCAUUGAAGCUGGUUGGCAGGUCUAUCAAGGGAUAUAUAAGGACGCUACCACCAGGUUAUUCAUCUUCUGGACUAGUGAUGGAUAUAAACAAUAUGGGUGCUACAAUCUUGACUGCCCCGGUUUCAUCCAAACCAACACUGAGAUUGCAAUUGGGGGCAGCCUAUCUCCUACUUCACAAGUUGAUGGUUCUCAAUAUGAAAUGACCAUACUUAUCUGGAAGGAAUCGAAAGAAGGGCUCUGGUGGAUGCAAGUUGAUGGAAAUGUAAUAGGAUACUGGCCGGCCUCACUGUUUUCAUACUUAAGUGAGAGCUCAUCAAGAGUAGACUGGGGCGGGGAGGUGAUUAACCUACGCUCAGGCGGUCAUCAUACAACUACCCAAAUGGGCAGUGGUCAUUUCCCUCAAGAAGGGUAUAGGAAAGCAAGUUAUAUAAGAAACAUUGAAAUAGUUGAUGACUCAAACACUUUAAGGUCUCCUCAGGAUCUCCUCACAUUCACUCCCCAAGAGAGUUGCUAUGAUAUUGUGAAGGGCAUCAAUGAUAACUGGGGUACCCAUGUUUUCUACGGUGGAACGGGUCAAAACCCGAACUGCCCAUGAAAAGAUUGAACACAACAUCGGUCUAUAUACUCAUAAUAUUAUGCCAAAUUU